GCGCAGUUACACAGUUUGAUCACUUCCUAUCUUGCUGCUGUCGGCUUCCUCUUCUCCCGGUCAAAUUUUUUGAUAUUUCAAACACAAACAGACUAGCUGUAUUUUUCUGAAUAUUCUCUUCACUGAUGAAGAAUGGCGGGUAGUUUUGGAAAGAUCAUCGUUGGCGUAUAUGUUGAAAUAAAGAGAAGCGAUGGACGAAUACACCAAGCCAUGGUCACAUCGUUGAAUGAAGACAAUGAGAGCGUCACCGUGGAGUGGAUAGAAAAUGGAGACACAAAAGGGAAAGAGAUUGACUUGGAGAGUAUAUUUGCACUAAACCCAGACGUGGCCCCAGAAGAGGAGACUGCCCCUAGCCCAGAGACCCCGCCUCCACCAACGCCGACCUCUGUGAAGGUCAACAAGAUCCCCCAGAACCGACGAACAAUAGCACCCACUAAGAAUGACACUCCGUCCAGGGAUAACAGAGUGGUGUCGACCAGGGCCAGACCAGCUCAGCCCCAGCAACUAGAGCCUGCUCCCCCUCCCCCUGUCCAGCAGCCAGCCCAGCCCACCCAGGCCCAGACAGCCCAACAGUUAGCUAACGAAGCGUCAAUGCAUCAUCUGACAAGAAAGGAGUUUGGACAGCUUUCGAGGAGGAAGUCCAACUGUGUGAAGGAAGUGGAGAAACUGCAGGAGAAGAGGGAGAGACGACGGAUACAACAACAGGAGCUGAGAGAGAAGAAAGCACAGGAGGUGGACACCACCGUCCCGAACUAUGAGAUCCUGUAUAUGAUCAGAGACUUCCGUGCCAGUCUGGACUACCGGCCGCUGUCCACCGCAGACCUGAUUGAAGAGCACAGAAUAUGUGUUUGUGUGAGGAAACGUCCACUCAACAAGAAAGAGCUGACCAUACGGGACCUGGAUGUGAUCACCAUCCCCAGUAAGGAUGUGGUGAUGGUCCAUGAGCCCAAGCAGAAGGUGGACCUGACACGCUACCUGGAGAACCAGACCUUCCGUUUCGACUACGCUUUCGAUGACAGCACCACCAAUGAAAUGGUUUACAGGUUUACUGCCAGGCCCCUGGUGGAGACUAUCUUUGAGAGGGGCAUGGCCACGUGCUUCGCCUAUGGACAGACUGGUAGUGGCAAAACACAUACUAUGGGUGGAGAUUUUUCUGGAAAGAACCAGGAUUGUUCUAAAGGAAUUUACGCAUUAGCAGCUCGGGAUGUGUUUGUCAUGUUGAAGAAACCCUGCUACAGGAAGUUAGAACUUCAGGUGUACGCAACUUUCUUUGAAAUCUACAGUGGGAAGGUGUUUGACCUGCUGAACGGUAAGGCUAAGCUCCGGGUGUUGGAGGAUGGGAAGCAGCAGGUGCAGGUGGUGGGGCUGCAUGAGAGAGACGUCAAAUGCACAGAGGACGUCCUCAAACUCAUAGAAGUGGGCAACAGCUGCAGAACGUCAGGUCAGACUUCGGCCAACGCCCACUCGUCCCGUAGCCAUGCAGUGUUCCAGAUCAUUCUAAGGAGGAAGGGGAAAAUGCACGGCAAGUUCUCCCUGAUCGACCUGGCGGGGAAUGAGAGGGGUGCCGACACGUCCAGCGCUGACCGCCAGACACGCCUGGAGGGAGCCGAGAUCAAUAAGAGCCUGCUGGCACUAAAGGAGUGCAUCAGGGCACUGGGGCGGAACAAACCUCACACUCCGUUCAGGGCCAGCAAGCUCACCCAGGUCCUUCGAGACUCCUUCAUAGGGGAGAACUCCCGCACAUGCAUGAUAGCAACUAUCUCUCCUGGUAUGACGUCCUGUGAGAACACCCUCAACACGCUACGCUACGCUAACAGAGUAAAGGAGUUUGGGAUCAGUCCCUCAGACAUCCCCUUCUCCCAGGGCGGUGGAAGUCGCUCGGAGCUCUCGGAGCUCUCGCCCACCUAUGAGUAUGAUGACUUUGCUACCUCUCCCAGCAGAGUGAAGGAGCUGACGGUGGACACUAAUCAGGUGAUAGAGGGGGUCCGGCCCAACAUCCAUGUGGUGGACCAGCUGGAUGAUGACUGGGACCACCUGGGCAGCUCCCCCCAGAGAGAUGACCUCAAACUGCUCUGUGAGCAGAACCUGGAGGAGGUGUCCCCCCAGCUCUUAACCUUCCAUGAGGCUGUCUCUCAGAUGGUGGAGAUGGAGGAACAGGUGCUGGAGGACCACAGAGCUGUCUUCCAGGAGUCUAUCCGGUGGCUGGAGGAUGAGAAGGUUCUGCUGGAGAUGACUGAGGAAGUGGACUAUGAUGUGGACUCUUACGCCACUCAGCUGGAGCAGAUCCUGGAUCAGAAGAUUGACAUCCUCACGGAGCUCAGAGAUAAAGUCAAGUCGUUCCGCUCGUCACUCCAGGAAGAAGAACAAGCCAGGCCCAGAGAGACAGCAAAAGUUGCCAGGAAGGGAGACUGUGGUGACUCUGGCCCUGUCACUCAGCAGUAGUAGUCAGUGACACCAGCAGCACCAUCUAGAGGCAGACUUCAGCUUCAUCGUGAGGACAGUCCGCACAGGGAGACACCAGGGGAUCCUACAGCGUAGCAAUGGCCCAGUUUGAAUAUUGUCGUAGUUGUAGCUACAUCUUUAAGAUAGAGAUAUACAGUAAGUCAGAAUGUAUUGUUUUGUGGUGGUAAAGAAGUCAUGAAUUGCUGAACUUCUUGAAAUACACCAACACUGUUUCAAAAACUCUUAUCUCAAGGCUCUUCAACAACCCUGAAAGUCAGACAGCUUACAAAAUAUUUUUUUCAACCUGUCCAUUACAACCAAGCAUGUGUCAGGUUCAACUGAUACUUAGGGAUGACCAACUACAUUGUAGUGCAUCUAUUUUAUGUAUGAACGUUAGCUGUACACUUGCCUGAUGACUCCAACAUAAUUGUUACGCUGCUCUGUUCACUACAUACUUCAGUCAGACUGCCAUCAUUGAAGUCAAAAUGAGUGGUGUUAUUCAAAAAGUAAUCAGCGAUUGCAUCAUCUCUAACCAAUCAGAGUAUCAAAGCCAAUGACUAAUUUUCUAAAUGCUGCUUUACCCAUGUGUGUUCUGGCCCAACCUACCGCUUUCUGGAUCCAAUCAGAACGGUUAGAAUGUGUUUUGCGAAAUUGUCGUGGAGGUACUCAGACCCAGACUCGUUACGGAGAAGGUUAACGACCACGGGUGUGGCGUAGAGUUUGGCCGGAGCAAGGAGUUUGGGUAGCUAUAUACGUAACCACUUAAUAAAUAUAUACGUUUCACUGAUCACGAGCUCAUUUUCAUAGAAAAGGCAUAACGAAGGUAGUCCAGAGGGGUAAGCCAGUAUGGUGUUUUGCGGCAUUGAUCUAGCCAAUGAGUGUUGUCAUCAUCCAUCAGUCACAUGACUUGGAUGUGUCUCAACAGUCCAUAACAGCGAUAAGUGGAUCCCAGCAGAGUUGAAUGUGUGAAGUCUGUGGACAGAAGACAUUAUGAAGGUUAUGACAUGAAGAAUCACUAGUUAACGUAACAUUAAAACAAAAUAUAACGCACACAUAAGUAGAAUAGUCCAGCUCCACUUACACCAUGAAGUCGUCUGUCUAUGCUCCUGGCUCGCUUCUCACUGAACAAUAUCUCCUGCAGAACACUCAGUCUUCUUGGUUCUGCUGAAGUCUGCUAGGAUUUCCUGUUCCAGAAACAUGAACAAAUGUAAUGACUCACCUUGAUAAGUUAUAAUUACCUAACCACAUCCAGAAUGUGAAAAUAUACAGACUGCAGAAACAUCAGUGAAUAUUGUCAUGAGGUGUGUGCUUACCACAUUGUGUACUGAACAGUGAAUCCUGUAGUUCUCCAACAGCUGCUCAACUGCAGUGGCCCUGGAAAGAACCAUCUUCGGCGUUAAUGUUAUAUAUUGCUUGUCACAUUACCAUUUGAUGCUGCCAGGAUAUGACCAACUAUGAUUUGAAUACCCUUUGUUUUGGUAGUCACUUCUUGAGCUCAGCAGCCAGUCUACCAUCCAACUCGCAGGCCACUAACUUCAGACAUGGGGAAGAUGAAAGUAGGGCUGACCCCAAUUAUUCAACUGGUCGAUUGUUGAUAGGCUGUUGGUUGACCGAGAUUGUUUUUAGUCGAGCAGUAGCAAAUAUAUACAUAUAUUUUAUGGCACACGAGACACCGGUCUUAUUCGCGCCCAUCUCUCUGAACUAAUUCAUUGCAGAGGCUGCGGGGAUGGCACAGUCCAAAAAGAAGGGGAGUGUUGCUGGACAAUGCACGUCUCCAGAAUACGCUCUGUCCCGCCAGCUUGUGCACAUUCAUUGUUUCAUAACUUGAUCGUGUGAAUUGUUUGCGUUUGACUGUUAGUGUCUAUCAAUUCCCCAUUACAUACUUUAUCACCAGUAGGACUUUUACCGUUAAUUCCUAUAAUUUCUCAUCUACAAUGUCUGUUUGGUUAUGGUAAUGUCUGUCAAUGCAUUCAAUAUAUUAUUGUUCCACGGUUCUCAUUGUCGGAAUGGACACAUUGGUUGCACAGCACACAACCUAUGCUACACUUGUGAGAAACAAGUUUUGGUUUAUUUCAUUCCAUUUAUGAGUUUUGUCAGUUUAGUCAUUGUCUUUUGUUUGGAGAGCUCCUGUCAUAGUUGAGUAAGGACGUGCACCUGAUUACGCAUAGUAGUAGGCUAUCUGGUCUGCUUGCAAAUGUAGGCCUAUUAAUGUGCCCAUUUGGGGAUCUGAUAGUAUUUCUGAUUGGCUUAACUCAAACACUCACAAACGCUGUGGAGCUUCUCAACGUAAUGUUUUCUUCACCUCAAACAGCAAGCAAACAGAGUAUGUUUUGACAUCCAUUGAGAAUGACUAAUUCCUCAGUGUAUUUGAAAAAUCUUUACAGCACUCUCCUUUUCGAUAACAACUCCACAGGAAAGGGAAAAAUGUCAUGCUCUGAUCCAGUUGAAACAUCUUAAAAUAGGCCUACCUGAUUACUUCUUAUCCCUUGCGCAAAUAGCCUACAGCUGUGUCUGUCCGGAGCUCACUGGUGCAGGAAACUGAGGGCCCAGAAUAUUUUAUAGAAUGUUGUAAGGAUCUUCAGACCAUACCCAAGUUAAUAGUUGAUACAAUGUGAUUUAUAGGAUAUUUAUUUUUAUCAGGAUAUUUUCUACCUGCAGGCUGCAAUGUUUUUAUUUUUUGGCUUUAUAGGCUAUUUUUUACAUAGUUGGCAAUGGCAAUAGAAGUUACUUUUUAGGUUUGUAUCCUUUUCAUUUAGAUUUGGAUAUAAUUUUAAUUAACCACAUGACAAUGAUUUUGAGAUAGACAUAUUGUAAAUUAAAUUAAACUGUUCUACGAAAAUAUGCAUAUAAAAACCAUAACUGGCAUGCAGAUCAGUAGAAAUGGUAAGGUAAAUUGGCAGAAAGUUUGCGGUCUUUGUGUAGCCAACUUUAGGAGAUUAAUGGCAGAAUCUGCGAAAGCCGGUAGGAGCCUGAGGAAGAUGGUCAGGACAUCUUGAUCGCUGGCUUCCUCUUGAGUCAUUUGUGUCUUAUUUCACCAAACCGUGAGCUUAAAGCAAGCUCAAUGCAUAUAUAGUUGAUUUGAAUUAAACACACUGUCUAUACAGUGCCUUCAGAAAGUAGUCAGACCCCUUGACUUUUCCCACUUUAUUACGUUACAAUCUUAUUCUAAAAUGGAGUAAAUAAAAAAAUAUCCUCAGCAAUCUACACACAAUACCCCAUAAUGACUAAGCAAAAAACAGGUUGACAUUAUUGUUGAUUUAUUAAAAAUUAAAAACAUACCUUAAUUACAUAUCUAUUCAGACCCUUUUGGUCUGAGACUCGAAAUUGAGCUCAGGUGCAUCCUGUUUCCGUUAAUCAAUGUGAUUGGAGUCCACCUGUGGUAAAUUUAAUUGAUUGGACAUGAUUUGGAAAGCCACACACAAGUCUUUAUAAGGUCCCACAAUUGUUAGUACAUAUCAGAGCAAAAACCAAGCCAUGAGAUGGAAGGAAUUGUCCGUAGAGCUCCAAGACAGGAUUGUGUCGAGGCACAGAUCUGGUGAAGGGUACCAAAACAUAUAUGCAGCAUUGAAGGUCCCCAAGAACACAAUGGCCUCCAUCAUUCUUAAAUGGAAGAAGUUUGGAAGCACCCAGACUCUUCCUAGAGCUGGCCGUCUGAGCAAUCGGGGGAGAAGGGCCUUGGUCAGGGAGGUGACCAAGAACCCGAUGGUCACUCUGACAGAGCUCUAGAGUUCAUCUGUGGAGAUGGGAUAACCUUCCAGAAGGACACCCAUCUCUGCAGCACUCCACCAAUCAGGCCUUUAUGGUAGAGUGGCCAGACGGAAGCCACUCCUCAGUAAAAGGCACAUGACAGCCCGCUUGGAGUUUGCCAAAGGGCACUUAAAGACUCUCAUGCUGUGGGGAUGUU